GCGCCGGCGGCCGCCGCCCGGUGCGGGCCGAUUGAGCGGCCGGGGCCCCGCCGCCAUGGCCGGGGUGGUGCGGAGCCUGAGCCGCUGCCUGCUGCCGGCCGAGGCCGGGGGGCGCGGGGAGGCGCGGCGGGAGGCCAAGGAGCGCGGGCGGGACGCGGAGCGCGAGGCGCGGCGGCGCAGCCGGGACAUCGACGCGAUGCUGGCCCGGGAGCGUCGGGCUGUGCGGCGCCUCGUCAAGAUCCUGCUGCUGGGCGCGGGCGAGAGCGGCAAGUCCACCUUCCUCAAGCAGAUGCGCAUCAUCCACGGCCGCGAGUUCGACCAGAAGGCGCUGCUCGACUUCCGAGCCACCAUCUACGAGAACGUCCUCAAGGGUUGCAGGGUUCUGGUUGAUGCCCGGGACAAACUAGGAAUCCCUUGGCAGUACACGGAGAAUGAGAAGCAUGGAAUGUUUUUGAUGGCUUUUGAGAACAAAGCUGGAAUGCCCGUAGAGCCUGCCAUGUUCCAGUUGUAUGUACCUGCACUGAGCGCACUGUGGCGGGAUUCUGGGAUCAAGGAAGCUUUUAGUCGCCGAAGCGAGUAUCAGUUGGGUGAAUCGGUGAAAUACUUCCUGGAUAACCUGGAUCGGAUUGGCCAGCUGAAUUAUUUACCAAGCAAGCAAGAUAUUUUGCUGGCUAGGAAAGCUACCAAGGGAAUUGUAGAGCACGACUUCAUCAUUAAAAAAAUACCUUUCAAGAUGGUGGAUGUGGGUGGACAAAGGUCUCAGCGGCAGAAGUGGUUCCAGUGUUUUGAUGGUAUAACUUCAAUUCUGUUCAUGGUCUCCUCCAGUGAAUAUGAUCAGGUUCUCAUGGAAGACAGGCGCACAAACAGACUGGUGGAAUCCAUGAACAUCUUCGAGACAAUAGUCAAUAACAAGCUGUUCUUUAAUGUUUCUAUCAUCCUGUUCCUCAAUAAAAUGGAUCUUCUGAUAGAGAAGGUAAAGACUGUCAGCAUUAAGAAGCAUUUCUCGGACUUCAGGGGUGAUCCUCACCGGCUAGAAGAUGUUCAACGUUACCUGGUGCAGUGUUUUGACAGAAAAAGGCGAAACCGCAGUAAGCCACUCUUCCAUCACUUCACCACUGCCAUAGACACUGAAAACAUCCGCUUUGUGUUUCAUGCUGUGAAGGACACAAUCCUUCAAGAGAACCUGAAGGAUAUCAUGUUGCAGUGAAAGAGUGCAGCCUUGUUUUAUUGCAGUCUACCAGAGUUAUAGCUCAAAGUUGGGUUUUUUUGUUCUGUUUUUGUUUUUAUCUUCGUGGCCCUUGCGUGUGGUUUAAGACCCAUGCUAUUUACUUGGCUCAGGAAUGCUGUAAAUUAGCCAGUCCAAACAGGCGCUAUUGGCAGAAGAAAUCAAACAAUCUUAGCUACUGAAUCAUUUGAACUAAUGACACUACUGAAAAGUGGCCAUUGUAGGUUUGAUGCCCAGUUGGAAUAGUGAAUAACAGUUACCUUCUGCCUUUAUAGAACAAUCUAAUUUCUUUGACAAACCAUGUAAGGAAGACACUUUUUAAUGGAAAUUACUCUGUAAGGACAGUAGCCAUACAGACUGCCUUUCUCUGUAGUUAGAAGGUGCUGAAUUCAUCGGUCUGACGUAAAUCAUAACAAGAUUGGUAGUUGUAUUGAAAAAUAAGCAGCAAGUUGAUCAAAAUUUUACACCCAGUCCUUAAACACAUAACCAGAUCUGCAUGCGUAUGCAGUAUUUGCCAAGGAUCUGGAGUCCCUUUGCCAAGGUGGAUGCACACGUCUUGUCUGAAGAUCUCGCAUCUAUAUCCAAAAACACAAGUCUAGGACUGUGUAAAGGAAACCCAGCCGGCCAGUUUGGGGUCAAAUGAAGAACUAAGGCCUGGUUGACGUGGACAAAGUUUUAUUUUGCACUACGUGUACUGUGUUUUACAUCCAUUGGGAACUGACUUCGGUAGUACAGCUUUGAGGCCUCUACUAGAGUAUUUGACCACGCAACUGCACUUAGUGGGUGCGCUAGUUCAGUGUUGAAUUUCUAGAAAUUUCACUUUUCUCUCUCCUGCAGUUAGCAGUAUUUGUAAAGCUCCCAUCUCAGAUGGCAGGGCUUUAUCUGUCUUCAGUGUGGCAGCUGAUUUUAAGCUUUGCAAAAAAAAUGGUUUUGGUAGUACAGCAGCUGCUUGAUCUGUUCCUAACUGCUUACCUUUAUAGGAAAACCGAACACACUACAGAGAUCCCAAUUCUACAGCUGCACUGAUUAUAUUUGCUCAGCAGGACUCUGCUGUAAAACUAGCCCUUAAUCCAUCUCUUAGUGGGAUCGUUAACCUAUCUUAAUGCACAUAUAGUUUAUAAAUAAGCAGUCAAGUCUAGAAUUGCCCAUUUUAGGCGAUGGUGUGCGUGUGUGUGUGAGUGAAAUUGCAAGAGGCUGUGAAUAAUGUUGAUGUGAACUGUUAAAUUCCUAGCUCUCUAAACUUUUGUAGUUACCUGUCAGGUGCCUUUCUUUGUGUACAAAUACUUCAAACUUGUCUGCUACAAUGAGGUACAUGAACAAAAUUCAGAUCUGCCUUUAUUUCAGUGCUAAAGUGUUGUCUUUCAGGGAACUUUCAAACUCAUGUUUACUGUGCAAUUGGUACCAUUAUAUUCAUUCUGUAAUAACAUUUUAAGGGCUGCCUCCACCUGUACUAAGUCAGCAAUAUCCCUUUGAGUCUUGUCCUCCUUGAGGCUGGAAUGGUAUAUCAGAAUAAGCAACCAUAACUGCUGCAGUUAAAUCUCCUGGGAAAUGUUUUUCUAUAAAGAACUCCAGAACAGGGUCCUGUUGUGCUUUUUAGCUUGGAUAAAAUCUGGAAUCCUGUUUCCUUUGUGGUUUGCAGAAGUUCCUAUCAGGAUUUGUUUUGUGAAUAGAGCUUCCUAAUGCAGAAAAAAUACUUGUCGUUUUCUUUCUGCAGGCCUCAGGAGUGGAAAAGGAUGUGGUGGCGUUAGUGCUGUAUAAUGCAAAUAAAGUGUUGGUAAAGUAAACUGGUAAGGAACUGCAGACAAAAAUCUAUUUCUCUUUAAAAUUACACUUCUUCUACAUGGCACAUUUAAACAGCAAUUAAUUGCAUUAGUAAGAAGUCUUAUUUCCCAGGACCAAUCUUUUUUUUUUUUUUUUUUUUUUUUAACUCUUCACUAUAAUUAGCAAUUUCUUAACAGAGGAAGGGAGCAAGUCUCUGUCCCACCGGGAAUGUUCUGCAGUGGUUUAGAUGGGAGAACUGCUUCAGCUGUUACAUUUUGGAAAGGUAAAUGCUUUUAACAUGAACUGAUACAAAUAGCAGCUAGGGGAUCAAGUGAAAUGCAUUUUUGCUGAACUUGUCCAUUCAUUAUUUGGUUAAACUAGAUGUAAAGAUUUUUUUUUUGCUUCAGCAUUCAAGUAUAGACUUUGCUAGCAGGAGCCUCUGCUCUAUAGAGGACUUCAGGAGGCGAAGUAACCUCACUUCCCAGUUGAUUGAUUUUUUUUUUUUUUUUUUUUUUUUUUUUUUUUUUUUUUUUUGUAUGCGUCUGCUGCGCUAUUUCACAGGUGUUCUGGAUGGGAAAAUGUACUUGCUUAAAUUAUUUGAUAAAACAUUCCCUUUAAUAUUUUCCUAGAGGUGUUUGUUUUACAUAUGAAAUCUACUGUAAUUUUUAAUUAAGAGAUUGAAUUAUUCAUUUAAUGAGUGCUUAAAGUUUUGUAUUCUUGGUCUCCUUAUCUCUUUAAAAGAACUAAAAAGCAAAUAAAUGCAGUGUAUAGUUUGAAAGGUAAUGUUUAACUUACUGUAGUUGCACCCUGAAAAGUGGGUUUCCCAUGUAUAAUCUUGACAGUUUGAUAACAAGCUGGUUUAAUUGAGUAGUAAAUAGCCAUUCCUUCUGGCAUGAUGCGGCUGCUUUGCACUGUUAUGUUAGCAUGUAGAGAUCCAAGAGGAUCACUUCAGCCCCACUUUCCUCCCGAUGCAGUGAGGGGCAUAGCUCUAAUGCAUCUAGUUGUCAUUGAUGCCCAGGUACUGUUCAGCCCUUUGGGUUACUUUGACUGUAAUCUGGCGGUAUUUCUUCACGCAGGCUGGUCCAAGAGCAGGGAACUGCCUAGGAACUUUUCUUAUUCCACAAAUCAAGAUUGCAGUGCAUCCCUCUCAUCUUUGGUGGAGGAUCUGGUGUGGUUCUCAUGGUCAGUGCCCUUGGGUUUCCUAAGAUCUGAAUGAUCUCCAUAAAUCUGUAAUUUAAGCCUUCUGUCUCAAGUAGUACUACAUGAUCAUCAGGGAUCUGGGUUUUCCAUUUCCUGCACGGAAGAAAAAAGUGGAUUUUCCCCUUUUGCAAACAGCCUUCUGCAGGCUGACAGAGUUCCAGCCUGCAAUGAGCUGCUUGCCUAAAGGGUGCAAAACCCUAAGCCCUGUCCAGAGGGCAGGGCCAGGGCUUACUCAGACUCAUUUUGCCUCCCGCAGCCUUUGGGAUAAAUAGGACCUGGAGGAGUUGGCGUGGGGGGCAGCUGGGGCCCCCUUCAGCAGGCCUGGGGUGGGGCAGGGGGCUGCGGGUUGGGUGUGAGGGGCAACAGCAGGGUGCUGCAAAGCAGGUUGGGGCGGGGGGAGGAGCAGCAGCUGGACCCACGUCCUGGUGAGUGAAGGUGGUAAAGGGAGCUCUGGUUUUGGGUUUUUUUUUUGGGGGGGGGGGGGUGUUCCAUGAUAAAAACAAAACAAAAUCAAAGACCAAAAUAUAUAGGUAUUUACACUUCAUUUUAUUAUAAUGAUUGAGGCACUGGCAGGCUUCCAAAUUUCUUUAAAAUUGUAAAUAUAUCAAUAAAACAAGUUCAUCUGAUACCUAUAUGUAUAGUGGCAUUUCAUUUUAAUCAUGGGAAAAUGUGGAUUUGGGGUUUUUAUCAGCAUUUUGGUAUUUUUUUUAACAAAGAAAACCAGUAUCCUUGAUGAUCAUUGACACUCCCUGCAGUUGGUUGACAAGCUUAAUAUUGGACCUGACUGUGAAGGUGCUGCAUAGCAAGAGCUGUACAAAUUUAUUAACUUUAUCAAAAGCCAUCACCAUGGCUUUGGGUACACAUAUGGAAAACUUGGUCUAGCUGCUUUUUUUGUGGUUAUGGUUUUAAAAAGAGAGAGACUGGAAUAGGGUAAGCCUAGAUGUUACGAUAUUUCACUGACUGCUGCAGGGAGUCCAGCACAUGGCUGUUUUUGCUUUGAACCUAAUACAUUUGAUGCACAGUUCAAAUAUCUUAUGAAAGCAGCCCACAGAAGCAGCCUGUAUUGGGUAGAUCUGCAACUUAGACAAACUUUGUCCCAGAAUGUUUUGUCCAGAUACAAUGGGACUUGAUUGAAGAAUUUCAGUGGAAGACCACAGCAGUCACCCCAGCAGGUUCUUCUCUUGCUGGAGUCUGGAUGAAUAAAUGUUGUUUAAUUGGCAAAUUAUAUUUACCUGGCUAAGAACUAGUUAAAUACACACCCUGCUUUUUUCAGUACCGGAUUAUCUAGAGCUACAGUUCAGCAAAGCCAGAAGUCUGUAAUUAAUUUACUAAUGCUGAAUUCAAGCAGCCAAACUUGAUCUCCUGCUCAAUUCUCUUAUAAGAAACCAGUAGUAGCUUUAUUUUCCACUGACAUCCUGGAGACCACUUGCAGGUAAACACAGCUGGGCAAGAAAGCUCUUUUAGUAACUUUUGUUGGGCUAUUGUUCAUCCAAGUAGGCAGGAAACAGUUUUUCCUGUAACCCAUAAUCAGAUGGAGGAUUUGAAUGUAUACUUAAAAAAAAAAAAUCAUCCAGAUCUCGUCACUAUUCCUCAUGUGUCACUUGUAGAUCAUUGACAGGGUUGUUCCAUGAGCGGUGUCUCCCGCAAGGACAAAGAGAGGAAAUGCUUGCAGCAUGUUAAAGGAGGCAACCCUUAUGUAAACUAGCAAUAAAUAAAACAGUGACAGAUUAGAGGCUUGUACUAAACAGGGCUUUAUUAUCCUGUAUCUUCAAAAUGGUGAGCUUGGCACAAGACACCUUUAAGUCAUGGGUAAUUACCACUCUCAAAAAAGCUGACCAGGAAGUUGUACCCUGAGCCAACCACAUUUUGCAGGGCAGUUAGUACUCCAGAAUUACCAAAUGAUUUACUUGGCGGAUGGGUUUUAAAUGUUGGAUUGUUUACUUAAAAGCUUACUUCACAGUUGUAUUUAAGUGACACGUUUAAUAGGCCACUGCUGUUUUUAACAAGCCAUUAAACCAGACUCCUGAGAUGUGGAGGGAGCAAGAGGUCUUGACAAUGAAGGUUUAAUGGAGUUAAGCGUAACAGCCGCUUGACUUUAAAUUACAGCUCCUUAGGAUGUCUCUAGUUCUCAUCAACGUUAAACAUCUGAUUCCCAUUUCAUACGAUACAGCGGAGCAGAACUGAGCGUGCUGACUUUGUGUAAUUACACGUUUAAAAGUCUCCUGUCAAAUCUUGAGCAAGGCUCAAACGUGUCCAAAGGAGCUUCUGAAGCCAGCCCCUUCUGCCAGCUUUUUCAAAGCUAACAAUGGGUUAACAGUGCUGGCUGAGGUUCAGCUGGAGCGGAGCAUUUGUAGUUCAGAGGUUCUGGUUUGGAAGGAGCUCUGGGAGUGUGGGAGGAGCUCGUGAAGCUGAUUAUGUGGCCAUGUAGGCUACAGUUUCACUGUGUUGGAGCCCCGACAGCAGCUGAAAUGGAGUCGCUGGUGUGAAAAGCAGCCUCCCAUCAAUGCAUUUGCAGCACUAACUUCCUUUUUCCCAGGGAGGGGUGGGGAAGGGUAUCACAAGGAUUGUAGGGGGUUAUGCAAGCAAUGAGAAGGUGUCACAUUUUGAUGGGGUUUUAAUUUUUCUAGUUCAUGUCUUGUGCACAGGCUUUUUCCUUCCCCCCCCUCCCCUCCCCUCCCCUUCCCUUCCCUCUACAGUCUAGCCUUUGUUUAAUGCUGGCUGUCUAAACGCUAGAGAAAAUGGAUGUUUAACAUCACUGUUUACAUGGGGCCUGGUUUCUGUGCGUUUCAGAGCCCUCUUGUGUUUCCCAUACAUGUAUCUUAUCCAAGGCUGGCAAAAGUGGGAGUCUUGCUCAGCAAGUCUCGGUCUAGAGGAACUUCUCUUUGCAUUCCUUUCUUUUCAGUAUCUUUGCUGGCAGCCAUUGUUAUGCUUUUGGGGUGAGGCUGCUUACACUGGCUAGUAGGAAAUGGUGUUGCAAGCAGCUGCCUCUCAAAAUUCAUCCAUGGUCCUGAAUUCUGCCAACUUGGGGGAAAAAGUUGCUUUUGAAUUAUUAUCCUGAAGCCAAUUGCUGUAGCCAAGGAAAGUUGGAAUUGAUAAAGUACCAGGUGUUGAGCAGUCCUGGUGGACAAGUGCAUGCAGAGAGGGAGUCUGCAAAGAAGUCCAGUGAUCAGAGAAACUGGAAAUUGGUGAUGGAGCCACUGGAGAGGGUAGUAAUCCUUUUUCCUUGAGCAGGCACAAGCUGGAAGGCCCAGGACCACUUCAUUUGUGCCCUAAGCUGACAGCUCAGGGACAGUACUUUGAAAUGUAGAGGUAAUGAAUGUUUGUAUGGCCUUUCUUAUUACACCACUGAGCAGGACAAUGGGAACUGAACUCUCAUUGUAUAAUACCGGACUAGGUUUGCAGUUAGUCCUUUAGCUCUUGGGUUGCUCUGAUCAGUGAAAUGUAAAUGUUUACGAUGAUGAUCCUCGUGUUCUUGCUUGAAACUGAACCGUGCAAGCAAGCUGAGUAACCACCAUGUAAGUUGUGUAAUUGGGCUGUAACCGGCAGCUCACAGUUGCAGUAAUAGGACAUGCCCUAUGCUUUGCCUUUGAUUAGAUUCCCUAGUGUAGACGCUUGACCUUUUUUGCAAGGCCUUGGGUGGGUUUUUUUCUUAAAUUUGGUGGGGGUUGUAUGUGGGGGAGGGGGAAACUCCAAGUGCUGUUUGAGAGUAGCCUUUAUAUGUUUCCCAAAGUUUCAAACAAUGAACCUUGAGGCCUGAAUUAGAUUUGACACUUUUUUCAACAGAUGUUCAUGUCCAGCUGGCCAUUAGUACUGUCAGACAACCUGCUUAAUGCCCACCUGGGGCAAUAAAAACUAGAGGCUGGAGAACACCCCCAUUUGUUUACUCAAGUAUCCAUCCUCUCUGAUGGAGGCAGUAUUGAUUUCUGCAAACUAAUAGUAAUGUACUUCUUCAUAGAGGUGUCAAGUACAAAAUGAAUGGGGUGGAGGAGAGGUGCUUUAUAGCACUUCCUUUCUAAGCCCCUCUUGUUUGUGCCCCUUCUCCUGUAAUGCAAGAAAAGUUGUGGGUAGGGAUGUUUUAGCAGAUCACCUAGAGAAUAGUUUACUUACAAAAUGGAGCAAUGUUUCAGAUUUCUAGCUGACAUCAGACCUGGGACAUGUUUUUAACUAGGGUAGUCUGUGCCAGUCUUAGGCUGAAAGAGCAUCAAAUCCACUGCCUGCUCACUUCUACAUAAGGUCACCCCAGCCUAGAGAUGACCUCCAACAGGGCAACAUAGCACCGCAGUACUUGUGUGGCUCCUGCCUGGGCUGGGCCUAUUUUUGUGGCUACCUGGAGAGAUCUCCGCUUUGGAGCCAUGAAUCACGCUUUUGCAACAAACACUACAUUUGCUUCAUUCGCUACUUAAAGGACACUACAUUGUUUUACACAAACGAGAAUGAGAAGCCAAAAUAUUUGGAGCCAGGGUACCCCGUGAACCAAUCAGGUGGUACCUCUGUUUGCUCACACCACUGAGUCAGACAGCUGGGCCUUGACUAUGAAUUGCCUGACUGUCUCUUUUUUUAAAAGGGUAUCCUAAACACAGUGUUUAGGUUUGUCUGCAUGUUGACAUGCCUGCCUUUCCGUGGGAAGGGGGGGAGGUACUGGAUGACUCCAGUGCCAGGAGAGCUAGGGCUGCUUUGGUGUAUUCUGUAAAUUGCUAUAGUUUCCUUCUUGGCCUACAUCUAUAUUUCAUCUCUGCUGGCCAACGUAAAGAUGGGCUUUUUGGUAAAAUGCCAAAGUACAUGAGGGAAGGGGGUGGAGGGGAAAGGGACUCUAGUUUCUAAACAGAUCCUGAAUGCUGCUGUGUAAAGGCUGAUUGUACUGAACAAACAAAAGCCCACAGCGGUGACUCUGAGCUCAGGUGACUGACUCCUGGGAGCUUUUUGGCUGCUUGUUACAGCAGUAAGUUGGAACUUCUCUGCCUGCCUGCUUCUCCAUUGGAAAGAUCCUCUUCAGCUAUUCUUCAUUGUGCUAUAGGCACCUAAUCCCUUUAUAUGUGGUCUGCAAGCCUUUGAUAGGCAGCAUGUCUUACACCAGUUUAAAACCUUGAAGAAACAUUUUGAUGCAUAAACAGAGAUUGCCAGAUGAGUGAGACACCUGGUAUGGGAGAAGGGUGACUGCUUCCGGUAACCAAGACCUGAGGGGAGUUUGCUCACUCAGAGUGACUUUACUGUCUCUUAGUAUUUCUGCCCAGUAAUUGCUUCAGUCAGACCAUGCUUCAUGGUAAGCUGCUGGGCAGGUGGCUUUAGACAAUAGUGCGAGGAUGAUCUCUCAGCAGACCACAGGACUUCAAGGCACUGCCGUAAAUUCUUUGCAAGUUGUGCGCAUGAGCGCGUUCAAACUUGCAUUUGCCUCGUAGCCUUUACAGUCUAUGGGAUAAAGAGCAUUUUUGCAAAUGAGCAUGUUUCAUUAUUUGGAUUUGCCCAAUGGACUAGAAGAGCUAAUACAUCUUUUUAUUAAUUAAACUAAAUGUCCGCUAAACAGGAUCUCCAAAGACUACACUUAACACAAACAGCCAAUUCUAUCAUUUGUUUGACAAAGCUGACUUUUUUUAAUAUGGUUUGAUACAUGUGAAAAUGAACUGACAAAACACUAGUUAAUCUUGUGACACAAUCAUGUAGCCAGGAAAUCAAUGCAAAGUAUUAUCUUCUACUCUGCAGUUAACUUAACUCUGCGGUGCCUAUGCAUUGUAGCACACAUCCUAUGCAAUGCCAUGCAACUCUAAACUAGCUCACUGCUCGCUGCCAUGGGCAGGAAAGGCCUUAGCCUUAAUUUCUAACAGCUUGUACGUACUUGAAAGACAGUGACAAACUAAAAUGAGUUAAGGUGAAAAUUGCAUAAUGGAAAAGCACAGUGUCAGACUGCCCAUUGAAGUGUCUUUAUAAAGCACCAAAACAGCAUCCAUAAUAGAAGCAGCCUAUUUGCUGUGAUAGUCUCAAUUUUAUGAAAACUGUGUACUAGAUAAAAUUUAUAUUGUGAUGUGUACAAAGUGUAUUUUAUAGCUUUGGUGAAUUAGUUUACUGUUUUGUAUAUAUGAAUUUUAUAAAUCUAUUAAAACUUGACUUGUUAUACUGUU